GACACGCGCACAUUCCCAAAUCGGUUGCAAAGCAAUCCCUGCCUGCUGAGAGCGAUCGGAUCCCGCCACGAUCCCUUUUUUGCAAGCCAACCGCAGGCCGCUUUUUUACACGUCUACAGAAAUCGGAGCGGCUGGCUUGCAAUCCUCCAGGCCUCCGUUUCUGGUUUUUUUUUUCCUCUUCUUUUUUUAGGAAAGCGCCUCCUCUGCUCUUCUCUCCCUCCCACCCACCCCCGUCCGCUCCCCCUUCGGCUGCUUCCAGCGCCAGGCGCAGCUGCCGAGCCUUCCUUUUCCUGCCCGAGGGCGCACCGUCGAAGAUCAUCACCAUGAGUUUGCUGUGUCUCGUCUUGGCGCUGAGCCUGCUCGGGGUCCGCGGCUUGGGAGACCCCGGCCCGUUGGAGGACGUCGUCAUCGACAGAUACUACAUCCCCAAAGUCUGCCUGCGAGAAGUCCAGAUGGGCGACUUCGUCCGGUACCAUUACAAUGGCACUUUUCAGGACGGCACCAAGUUCGACUCCAGCUAUGAUCGGGGUGCCACAGUGGCCGGCGUGGCAGGCGUGGGGCGGCUGAUCACCGGCAUGGACAGAGGCCUGCAGGGGAUGUGUGUGAACGAGAGAAGGCACCUCAUUGUGCCCCCUCAUCUUGGCUACGGCAGCAUCGGCGUGGCUGGCCUGAUUCCCCCGGACACCACCCUCUACUUUGAUGUCAUCCUGCUUGACAUUUGGAACAAAGAAGACAAGCUGCAGAUCACCACCGUCUCCAAGCCGCAGCGCUGCAACCGCACAGUGGAGAACUCCGACUUCGUGCGCUACCACUACAACGGCACACUUCUCGACGGCACCCCCUUCGACUCCAGCUAUGGAAAAGACAGUACUUAUGACACCUACGUGGGUUCAGGUUGGCUGAUCAAAGGGAUGGACGAGGGCCUGCUAGGCAUGUGUGCUGGAGAGAAACGGCAAAUAGUGAUCCCCCCGUUCCUGGCCUACGGAGAGAAAGGCUACGGCACUGUCAUCCCCCCUCAAGCCUCCCUGGUUUUUGAUGUUCUCCUGGUGGACCUGCACAACCCAAAAGAUGGCAUCUCCCUGGAGCACUUGGAAGUGCCAGCCUCUUGCAAGCGCAAGGCUGUGACCGGAGAUUUUGUGCGGUACCAUUAUAAUGGCACCUUGAUGGAUGGGACCCUCUUUGAUUCCAGUUAUUCACGAAACCACACCUACGACACUUACAUUGGGAAAGGCUACAUUAUUCCAGGAAUGGACCAAGGGCUUCAGGGAGUCUGUAUUGGUGAAAGGAGAAGAGUCAUUAUCCCACCCCACUUGGCCUAUGGAGAAACUGGAGCAGGGAACAAAAUCCCUGGCUCGGCAGUGCUCAUCUUCGACGUCCAUGUCAUCGAUUUCCACAAUCCCGCAGACCCUGUGGAAAUACAGACUAUCCACCGGCCUGCGGACUGCAACGUCACCACCCAAGACAGAGACUUUGUCCGCUACCAUUACAACUGCUCCCUCCUGGAUGGCACCAAACUCUUCUCCUCCCAUGACUAUGAAAGCCCUCAAGAAGCCACGCUGGGGACCAACAAGAUAAUUGAAGGCCUGAACAAUGGCCUGCUCAACAUGUGCGUGGGAGAAAAACGUUCCGUCAUCGUUCCUCCCCAUUUGGGUCAUGGCGAAAGUGGAGCCCGGGGUGUACCUGGCAGUGCCGUUCUCUACUUUGAGUUAGAGCUGCUACACCGGGAGCCUGGAGUUCCAGAAGGAUACCUGUUUGUCUGGCACAGCGACCUACCAGAAAACCUGUUUGAAGCCAUGGAUCUCAACAAGGAUGGUGAAGUCCCACCUGAGGAGUUCUCAGAGUUCAUCAAAGCUCAGAUCGCUGAAGGCAAAGGUCGUCUCAUGCCAGGCCCUGACCCAGAAAAAGUGGUCAACGACAUGUUCCAAAACCAAGACCGGAAUAAGGAUGGGAAGAUCACAGCAGAGGAACUGAAGCUGAAAUCAGACGAGGAUCAAGUUAAACAUGAGGAACUUUAAAAGAGAAAGGACUCUGGGAUUGGGCUUCGUUGUUGUUGUUUUUAAAAAAGCACUCCAGUUUGGUGCCUCUUCCCCUACUUUGUGGGGCCAGAAGCUCACUAACUCCCUUUCCUGAGUUAAAGAGACUGAACCUACAGAUGCAAACCUAUUUUGUUCCACAUUUUGUACCUUUGAUCUUUUUUUCCCUCUCCCCUUUUUUGAGAACUAUUUAACUGAGAUCCUGUUUCGACAUACCAAAAUCAGGGAGUUAGCGCUUGCAACGAUUGCCUUUCCAGACAACCACCACACACCACACCAUUUACUGAAUCCCUUCUAUUUCCUCAGGCAUCCCAUCUGCAACAAAAUUGUCGUGAGCAGGAGCCGUGCCAUUGACUCAGGCCUUCUGCUGCUUCCAGGCGCACAACCUGCCCCCCCCCAUUGGAUUUUUGUGUGUUCUCUUGCCAAAUCGAGGAAGCUGAAUUCUGUAUUAAGGAAUCCCGAAACGUGUGACGGGAACCAAACAAAUGCAUUGCUCAAGUGUAUUUCCAAG